AUGAACUUAUUGAUUUUUAAUCCUAAUUUGAAUACGUUGAUCACCAAGAAAAUCAAUAUUAUGACUACUACUCACACUACUAUUACUUCUACUACUACUCACACUACUACUACUACUAUUACUACUAUUACUCCGACUACUACUACUACUACUACUACUACUCACACUACUAUUACUACUACUACUACUCACACUACCAUUACUACUACUACUACUAUUAAUACUACCACUCCGACUACCACUACUACUACUACUACUCCGACUACUACUACCACUACUACUACUACUACUACUACUCACACUACUACUACUACUAAUACUCAUAAUCAUAAUCCCUGUUUAUUUAUUCUCUGA